CGCGUCCAUAAGUGAGCAAUGUUUUCUAUUACGAUUUUGAGAAGUUGUAAGUUCGACGUGGAAUUCGCAGUAUAUAUGAUGUCGAGCAGCAAUAAAAACGAGACCAUUUAUUUUUCAGUAAGUGAAGCUCCGGAUAACUGUCAAAGCAUUCAAAGCCAUAUCGAGGGUACGGAGGAUCAGCUAGAAACGGGCGAAAAUAUUGUGAGCUCUACCGAACAUCAUUAUGGUGACGAUCGUUGCCGAAGUCCGGAUUUAAAAACGCCUUGCGACAUGCAGUGCACCGUUACCAGCUCCGUACCUCCUACAGUGGAAACGCAAGAGAGCGGCAUGUUACAAGAACCAAUUAGGGACAAUGAGAGCACGUUCACUGUUGAAGCGGGCGGUGAUUUACCUUUAGCGCAAGCGAAAGCUCAUGGCGUAAUUGCCGACAUCGCAAAUGAGCCCAAUACAGACCUCCCGACAGUUGUGUCUGGUACAAGUACCGCAGACGGCAUAAACGGAGACUUUAUAAACCCACCAAUUUUGACGGCGGAGGCCAAGAGCGAAGUGGGUGGAACGUUGGCAUUUGAGUUGUAUGAUGAAUCGAACGUUGACACUGUGACUACUGUAGAAGAUAGCGAGAAUAUGGAUGAACGCCCUGGACAUGAAUCUGGUGACACCGGAGCGACAAGGCUUCGAGAGUUACAGCCUCACGUAGACACUGAUCUUAACCUGAACACAGCCAGACAUUCAAACGACGAUGAUGUGGAUGACUGGAGCGUGGUUGCUCAGGCUGGCUCGGACGAUGAAAGUGUUGUCGAAGGCGUUGCUGUAGUUGAUGAUCGUGGAUUAGGGGACGUCAGUGCACGUAAUGACUGUGGCCCUGCCAUAGGCGAAGAGGCAGAAGCUGAGCAUAUCGUCCUGACGACACAUACGGACCGUGGGAGUCCUCUCUUUUUCGAAACAGCGCUCAAAGAUUCCGAAGAUACGCACGUAAAAGCUAGUGAAAGCUGCUUGCAGGUUGACAAUAGCUCUAGUUUAUCCAACGAAGGUUCUCGGCCCGUUCCGUCUACGGUGUCAAAUCCGUUAAACCGAGAUGCCCUUAUUUCUCGAGCUCCAAAUCAGCAAGUAGACUCUAGCCAAGCGGAAAAAACUGCAGAGAAUAACGAAGACCUGUACGGGCCUCGAGUGUGGGAGGUUCACGCUGCAUUUCUGAUGGCCGUAUUAGCAAUCAUUUGGAUUGUCGUCGGCGAGUUCGUGAACAGAUUCACUGCCUGGAUGAAUUACGCUGAGCUAUGAGCAAUAUCUUCGUGAUCCGUUUUUGUUAUAAUUGAUUGGUAAUAUUGGAAUCGUAUCUGUUCCAUAAUACCAUUGAAUCUACUCCUACUAUGCAGAGAUUCUUGGAAUGCUGCCACUACGCCCUUCAAUAAAUCGUGUUAUUUGAAAGUGACUGGUUCCU